UUUCACCCAGGAUGUCUAGCCCCAGACUCUCCCUAGCAACGGAGUGCGGCUCCUGGUUCCCCUAGCAACCGGGCGCUGAGGAAGGGAGCCCGCGGGGAACUGCGCAGAAGCUGAGAAUCUGGGGCUGAAACUCAAAGGCUGCGGGAGGACCUGACCUUUUCCCGGAGGAGCCCGCCGGCCGCCCCACCUGGAGGAGGGCCCAGGCCCCCUGGCAGCCUCCUCCCGGCCUCGUUGGAAAAGGACCUGGGGAAACGUUCCCUCUGGGCACAGGCCCCAAAUACACACAGGCCUCCAACCCAGAGAGAGGACAAUUCUGGAUCUGGUUCUGUGUGAGGAGGCGACUGUGGUGACAGUGGGGUAAAACUCUCUGCGACUUCCCCCACCUACAACGACACCAUUGUCAGGGAGGAUGAGCCGCCUGGGGGACGUGGAGCCCAGGGUGAUUGACGACCACAUGCUCAAGCAGGCCGUGGGGGAGCAGGGCCCCCAGGAGGAGGCUGGGCAGCUGGCCAAGCAGGAGGGUGUCCUCUUCAAGGACGUCCUGUCCCUGCAGCUGGACUUCCAGAACAUUCUCCGCAUAGACAACCUCUGGCCCUUUGAGAACCUGCGGAAGCUGCAGCUGGAUAACAACGUCAUCGAGAAGAUCGAGGGCCUGGAGCGCCUCACGCGCCUGGUCUGGCUGGACCUGUCCUUCAACAACAUCGAGGCCAUCGAGGGGCUGGACUCGCUGGAGAGCCUGGAGGACCUGAGCCUGUUCAACAACCGCAUCUCCAAGGUGGACUCGCUGGACGCCCUGGUCAGGCUGCAGGUGCUGUCGCUGGGCAACAACCGGAUCGCGAACCUGACCAACGUCAUCUACCUGCGGCGAUUCAAGGGCCUGCGGACGCUCAGCCUCGCCGGGAACCCCGUGGCCGAGCAGGACGACUACAAGAUGUUCGUGUGUGCCUACCUCCCGGACCUCGUGUACCUGGACUUCCGGCGCAUCGACGACCACACGAAGGAGCUGGCGGAGGUGAAGCACCAGUACAGCCUCGACGAGCUGAAGCACCGCGAGAACCUGCUUCAGGCCCAGCAGGAAGAUGAGCAGGCCCGGCGGGAGGAGCUGGAAGAGCACAAGGCUGCCUUCGUGGAGAAUCUGAACGGCCCCUUCCUCUUUGAGAGCAUGUACGCCGAGGACGUGGAGGGCAGCAAGCUGGCCUGCCUGCCUGGCGUGGGCGAGCUCCUGGAGACCUACAGGGACAAGUUCGUCAUCGUCUGCCUGAACCUAUUUGAGUGCGGCCUGAAGCAGCAGGAGAAGCGCAAGGCGGAGCUGGACACCUUCAGCCAGUGUGUCCAGGAGGCCAUCCAGGAGAACCAGGAGCAGGGCAGGCAAAGGAUCGCCAAGUUUGAGGAGACGCACCUGCUGAGCCUGAGCGCCAUCCGAGACGCGUCUGAACUGACCACCUUGGAGACGAGGCUAGUGGCGUGCAGAGAGCGCGUCGCCGAGCUGUUCAACGCACUCAUGACGCUGGAGAUGCAGCUGGCGGAGCAGCUGGAGGAGACCAUAAGCCUGUUUGAAAGGAACAUCGCCGACCUGGUGGGACUGUUCGUUGAAAACGUCCAAAGCCUGAUGGCUCAGUGCCGGGACCUGGAGAACCACCACCACGAGAAGCUCCUGGAGGCCGCCAUCAACACCCUGGAGAAGACGGUCAAGGGCGAGCUGGACGAGGACCUGCCCGACGACGUGCGGGCGCUCUUUGUCGACAAAGACACGCUGGUCAACGCGGUCGGGGCGUCGCACGACGUCCACCUCCUCAAGAUCGACAGUCGGGAGGAUGAGCUGGUGACCAAGGUCCACGCCUGGUGCACACACCUGCUGGACCGAAUCCACAGGGACGAGAUCACGAGGAACCGCAAGCGCGUGAAGGAGAUCAGCCAGUAUGCGGACCACGCGCAGACGGAGCUGGACGCCCUGGAGUGCGCCGAGCUCCUGGACUAGGGCAGCAGCCCCGCGCCCUCUCCAGACCGAGGGAAGAAUAAAGGACUCUGCGGCUACUCUCCCCGCCUCCGUGCCCCCGUCGAGCAGUGGGUGUCUGCUGAGAGGGACUCCCAGGCCAGGCUGCCGCCGCCGCCGCCGCCGCUCUGGGGGAGGCUGUCACAUCCCC